CAUCUCUCUCUUUCUUUCCCAUUCCCUUUAUAUUUUUUUUGUUUUGUUUAUAUUAUAUGCACCUCCACACACCUCUCUUUCUCUCUCUUUCCAUGGUUUUGUGAAGCUGAGAAAAAAGUACCUUCUCUUUCAAAGAAGAUAUAUUUCAUAUAUAUCCCCACUUUGCACCUCUUCAAUUAAUCACCUUAACUGAUUAAUAUUCUAGCUGAUCUUCUUGUUUUUUUGUUUUAUUGCUUUUGGAGUUUCUCUUUAUAUACAUCAAAUUUAAAUCUAUAGUGGAGGAAUGAAUAAAAUUAAAUACCCCCUCCCCUCCCUCACAAAUUCUGAAUUCUCCUUGUUGGUCUUUUAGGCUGAGAGUGUUUUUUUCUUUUCUUGUUUUCUUCACUUUCAUGUCAGUGUUGUUAUAUAUAGCAUCCUAUAUACUAUAGCUUGAAAUCAUUUCUGGGAAUAUAGGUAACUAAAAAUGCCCCAGAAUAAGAUUUUCCAUGACCAACAAUCAUCGAAUCCGAUUCCUGAUCUUUCCCUUCACAUUAGCCUCCCAAACAGUGCUCCUUCUUCAAUUUGCACUGAAGGGGAUUCACCCUUUGAUGCUGAAGGCUUCAAAUCACACAGUGAUGGUUCAAUCAAAGGUUGCAGUAGCCCCUAUCACACAGACACACAACUUUCCUUAGCCAACCCUACAAAUACUACUUCUACUCCUUCUGAGGCUGAAAGCACAUGGAGGAAGAGAAACUUUGUUAGGCUUGUUGCUGAGGGUCAAAUAAGACUCAUUAAUGGAAUCCCUCUCUACAGUAACCUUUCUUCUUUGGAUACUAUUCCCUCAAUAGAGAGAAACCAACCUACCAAUAAGUUUUCCUUUUCUUCUCUAUAUGCAUUUCCACACCCUCCUUCAGCUCCUAAUUAUGGCAAUAAUAAUGGUGUUGUUGGGGGUGUAGCAGUAGAACCAAUAUCAAGGUUUCGUGAGAUAAGGACCAUGGAGAGUAGUAGUCUAAGACCUCAACAGUUUCAGUACUUUGAUUACCCUCAUCAGCAUCAGCAUCAUCAUCAACAGCAGCAGUUUGGGAGUAGUAAUAAUAUUGGAGCUUCUGAUUUUUCUUCAAAUGGAUUUGUGAGGUCAAGAAUGUUUUCAAGGCAACAAAGUAAUAAGAGGAACAUGAGGGCUCCAAGAAUGCGUUGGACUAGUUCUCUUCACAAUCGCUUUGUUCAUGCUGUUGAGCUACUUGGUGGCCAUGAAAGGGCUACCCCUAAGUCAGUUUUGGAGCUCAUGGAUGUCAAAGAUCUAACACUAGCUCAUGUCAAGAGUCAUUUGCAGAUGUAUCGGACUGUUAAGAACACUGACAAACCUGCAGCUUCUUCAGAUGGGGAUGAAGAUUUCAUGUCCUUAACAGUACCAAAUGAUCAAAAUAACAGUUUUUUACCCAAUCAGAGAGGAACUUCAAAUGCAUCUAUAGAUAAUGAUAUGGGCUACACUUCAAGCAAUCUAUGGGUUAAUUCUUCUUCGAGCGCUAGAGGAGCACGGAUACAAGCUAACUCAAGAGAUUUGGAUGAGCUUAGUCCACAAGAAAUCUUAUCAUCUCAGCAUACUGGGAAACUUUCUGAGGGUAGCAACUAUAUACAAACAAGAAUCUUCAACAAGGAUCAAAAUCCAAGCUUGGAGUUCACCUUAGGGAGAUCAAAUUGGCACAACAGUGAACAUGCCUAAUUUUAAUUGGUUUACAUAUAUGAUCACUUUAUUACUAGCCAAAUUAAUAGAAAAGAUUAAUAUGCACAGGUAUAUAAAUUAAUAUAUAGGUAGUGCUUUUGUCAAGACAAAGAUGUCUGCACUUUUCCACAAAUCUAAAAGCAUCUCUGUAUAUUCUUUUUGGGCCAAAGCUUAUUAUAGGUUGUGUUAGUCAUUAUAUAAAUGUUGUAGUUAAAGUAAAAGUUGAAGAAAAGAAGGAACCAGAUGUAUAAUAAGGCCUUUGUUCCCUCCUUUUUAAUUUUUUUCUUUCUUUUUCUCUACUUUUCCCUAGAGGUUCCUACAUAUUUGUCCAUAUACAUAACUUUUUUUAGGCUCAUUUUGAUUCUUGAGUGAUCAUGAGUGUGUGUGAAAGCUUGAUAUCUGUUAUCUAUCAUUAGUAUACUUUUGUUCCUUGAUUU